AUGGCCAGGGACAAUAGCGACAACAACAACAGCAGGGAUAACAGUGGCAACAACAGCAGGGACAACAGCGACAACAACAGUAGCAGGGACAACAGCGACAACAACAGCAGCAGGGACAACAGUGGCAACAACAACAGCAGGGACAAUAGCGACAACAACAGCAGGGACAACAGCGACAAUAACAGCAGGGACAACAGCGACAACAACAGCAGGGACAACAGUGGCAACAACAGCAGCAGAAACAACAGCGACAACAAUGUAUUGCGUAAGAAGGAGAGUCUGGAGGGGAGUCACGCGGAGGGCAGCAAAAGAAGGAGUUACGUGGAGUGCAGCAAAGGAGGGAGUUAUGAGGAGUGCAGCAAAGGAGGGAGUUAUGAGGAGUGCAGCAAAGGAGGGAGUUAUGAGGAGUGCAGCAAAGGAGGGAGUUACGAGGAGUGCAGCAAAGGAAGGAGUUACGUGGAGUGCAGCAAAGGAGGGAGUUAUGAGGAGUGCAGCAAAGGAGGGAGUUACGUGGAGUGCAGCAAAGGAGGGAGUUACGAGGAGUGCAGCAAAGGAAGGAGUUACGUGGAGUGCAGCAAAGGAGGGAGUUACGUGGAGUGCAGCAAAAGAGGGAGUUAUGAGGCGUGCAGCAAUAAGGAGGGAGUUACGUGGAGGGCAACAAAGGAGGGAGUUACGAGGAGGGCAACAAAGGAGGGGUCACAUGAGUGCCUCUCAUGUCACUGA